CUAUCUUCUACCCUUCUACCCUUCCACCUUUCUUCAUUUUCUAGCCUGGUGCUAUACAGUUCGACACUGUUUCGCCCAUUUUUCAAUCUUCACGUUCUUCAGGAGUAAAUCGUCUUCGACAGACCACACGACUCGACUAUCCCAAUAAUGGUCCGCGCUACGAUCUUGUUGGCUGGCCUCGCUGCCGCGUCCGUCCAUGCUGCGCCUCUUCAAAGGCGUAUUGCCCAAGUCAUUUCCGAGUCGACUGCUCAAUGGGAGCAAGCCUGCAUUGCCGCUGGAGGUGGACAGCAAUGUAAUCCUAUCUCGGUCAAGGCUUUCAGCACUCUCUUGGCUGCUCCCGGACCCUGUGCUCAGCAGGACUCUGGUGACGAAAUGGUGGAUCUCGCCAAGCAGUUGGGAAGUGCUGAAAUGAUUCGGUUGGCUCAGAUUUUUGUUCAGCAACCCCGCAAUACGCCCACUUCCCUUUCCACCCCUUACUGCCAAACUGCUCCUCGUAACGCGGAACUUAACGGCCUCUUCCAGUGCCAGUUUGAGGGUGCUAACCUUCAGACCUUCGUGGGCGGUGUUGCUGUUGGUCAGCCUGGGACCGUUCCCUUGGGAUUGACAGAAUUAAACCCCCUUGGUUCAUGCCCUGCCAACCCUGGCGGUCCAAUCCCUGACGGCGUCCAGUUGGUCACUUUGGUCCAAAACCCUGGCGCAGGAAACGGCGGAGGUGCACCUCCACCUCCCCCGCCAGCCCCUACCGUCGACACCUCUCCCCCGGCCGAGACUGAUGCCCCUGCACCCCCUGUUGAAACCAACGCUCCUCCCGCUGGAGGAAACGGUGGCUUCCAGCUCGCCAACGGUCAGGAGGCUCAGAAGCUCAACGCCGAAUUCGCCACCCUCUCCGCUGACUCUCCCUGCGAGGCCGGCCAAAGCGCUUGUGUUAACGGUGGCUUUGCCCAGUGCGUGAAUGGACGAUUCGCUAUCACCCAGUGUGCUGGUGGUUUGACCUGCGCUGCCCUCCCACUCGUCAACGCGCCUGGUACCUCCAUCACUUGCACUACCGUCGCCGAUGCUGAGGACCGUAUCGCACGCACUGGCGCCACUGGUGGCCUGACUGGCAACGGUGCUGGCAAUGGAGGAAACACUGGCAACACUCCCGCCCCUGCCCCUGCUCCUGCCCCCGCCCCUUCUCCCGCCCCUCAGGCUCCUCCCGCUGGUGAUUUCCGCGCCGAGAACGGCAGGCAGGCUCAAGCUUUGAACGCCCAAUUUGCAACCCUCAACGAGAACUCUCCUUGCAAUGCUGGCGAGAACGCUUGUGUUAAUGGUGGAUUUGCUCAAUGCCUGAACGGACGGUUCGCCAUCACCCAAUGUGCCGGUAGCUUGACCUGCGCUGCCCUUCCCCUCGUUAAUGCCCCUGGUACCUCUAUCGCGUGCACCACCGAGGCUGAUGCUGCUGCCCGCAUUGCAGCAUCCGGCGCUACUGGCGGCAUCCGUGGAUGA